UUUGAAUCAAUCUCACAGCUAAUCUUCCUGCAAUUCUCAUCGAUUCCAAGUCACCCACAAUCAUCAUCAAUCCAACCAAACAUGCUUCUCUUCAUGUUCUUUCUUAUCCUACAAACGCCAGACUUUCAAUCAGCAGCAGCAGCGCCACCACCACCAGCAAUAGCAGCACCACUAUCACCACCGGAAGCACCAGCAGCACCCACAACAGCACCACCACCAAAAGCACCAGCAGUACGACCACCACCACCACCAAAAGCAGCAGCACCACCACCACCACCACCGCCAGAAUCCAAUUGCCAAAUUAACUUUGACUCCACACUCUCUACAAGCUCCUCAUGGCCCUCCCCUUCCGGCAGCUUCGCCUUCGGUUUCUACCCGGAAGGCAGUGGCGCAUUGAAAGUCGGAAUACAGUUCAUAGUGCCAUCCAACAAGACAACAGUAAUCUGGACAUCAAACAGAGAUGGUUCACCAGUCUCUGAAAAUGCCACCUUAAAGUUUGGAGAAGGAGGUCUCAAACUCCUCCGGGCAACCUCACAAGGAAAAGACCAAUAUGUUUCCGAUUUGGAUCAAUCAUCUUCUUCUUCUGUAUACUGUGCUUCCAUGCUGGACUCUGGCAACUUCGUCAUCUAUGACUCCAGCAGCUCUGUUAUAUGGCAAACAUUUGACUACCCAACUGACACACUAAUGGUAGGCCAGUUGCUGCGCAACGAAACUGAACUCAUCUCAAGCGUCUCUGAAAUGAAUCAUUCCAGUGGGAGGUUUCGGCUUCGAAUGCAAACCAAUGGAAACCUGAUCAUGUGUCCUGUGGGUAUUGAUUAUACUGCUGACUAUGCCUACUGGGAUUCAAACACAUACUUGGGGCCAUACUUGUACCUGAGCUUAUCCGAAGAUGGAAUCCUCUUCCUUACAGAUAACAAUCAAUCACAGCGUCGAAAUUUAACACGAGGUGACCAGAGCUACAACACAAAUACCGUUCAUCUUGCGAGGCUUGAACCAAAUGGAAUGCUGCAUGUAUAUAUGCCUAUGAUUUAUUGGGGAACACCUCUAAUGUUUUGGAUACACGACCAAAUGAUGAGUGCAAAGAAUGGCAUAUGUGGGUUCAACAGUUACUGCGCUUUCUCUGGAGGAAAACAGGUGUGCUCGUGUUUUUCUAAUUUUGAUUAUAUCGAUGCUGAGGAUACUCAAGCAGGGUGCAAAAGCAACUUCACUUAUAAGUCAUGCAUCAAAGUUGGUGAUAAUGAUGCAUACUAUAACACCAUGGAUGAUCUGGAGAAUGUCCAGUGGUUGAAACAGCAUCUAUCUGCCAAGCAAACAUUUACAGCAAGCAAAAAUGAUUGUAGACAAUCAUGCUUGGAUGAUUGCCUCUGUGACGCUGCAAUAUACAAUGGAAAUGAUAAUAGUUGCUCCAAACAAUCAUUCCCUUUGAAUUAUGGAAAGGAAAACACAAGCACAAGUAAUCCAACUUCAACCUUCAUCAAGCGAACUGAACGCAGAGACAUUGAUGUUGUUCCUAGAGUCAAGAAAGAGUUGACUGGUGGACCUCUGAUAGUGUUCGUAGGUGUUGUUUCUGGGUUGAUCAUCUUCAUCCUCAUCUUUGUUUUCGUCAUAUUCAAGUGUCAAUCAGGAAGGUACAGAUUGAUAUGGAGAAGCAAGGAGCUGUCGUUUUUUGAUGAGAUUGCACCAAGAUCUUUCUCUUACUCUGAGUUAUAUGAGGCUACCGAAGGUUUCAAGGAAGAGGUAGGGAAGGGAGCCUUUGGUACUGUGUUCAGAGGCACCUUACCGAGCACCGGGAAGUCGGUGGCUGUGAAGAGACUUGAGAAGGUGGUGGAAGAAGGUGAAAGAGAGUUCCAAACAGAGAUGAAGGCAAUUGGAAGAACACACCAUAGAAAUCUAGUCCGACUACUCGGCUUCUGCAAUGAAGGCUCCAACAGACUUUUAGUGUAUGAGUUCAUGAGCAAUGGAUCACUGGCUGACCUCAUCUUCAAGCCUGAUCAUCCAAACAGGCCUCCUUGGAGGGACAGGUUGAGAAUUGCAUUGGAUGUGGCCAGAGGGAUUCAUUAUCUGCAUGAGGAGUGUGAAACGCACAUCAUCCACUGCGACAUAAAACCGCAGAACAUUCUAAUGGAUGAGAACUGGACCGCAAAGAUAUCGGAUUUCGGGCUGGCCAAGCUAUUGAUGCCUACUCAAACAAGAACUUUCACUGGCAUCAGAGGAACAAGAGGGUAUCUAGCGCCGGAUUGGCACCAGAACUUACCUAUAACUGUGAAGACAGAUGUUUAUAGUUUCGGUAUUGUGCUGCUAGAGAUCUUGUGUUGCAGAAGGAACAUGGAUUUGGAGGCUGAGGUAGAUGAAAUCAUACUUUCACAAUGGGUUUACAAUUGUUGUAUAGCAGGGGAAUUAGAGAAGCUGGUGCUGAAUGAAGAAGUAGACAUGGUGGAGUUUGAGAGAGUGGUGAAAGUGGCGCUCAGGUGCAUCCAAACUGAUCCAACUCAACGUCUUUCUAUGAAGAAUGUGAUCAUAAUGCUUGAGGGGCUUGUAGAAAUCUCCUCCCCUCCACAUCCAUAGCUACUUACUCAAUUUUCCUUAUAAUUAAUUAGCCGUUUGUGUUUUGUAUCACCAUAAGUAGCCUUAAUAGAAGUUAUUGUGUCGUAUCAGUUACCAGAAUGAACCACUUAUCAUGUUUCCUCUACUGCACAACAAGAAAAUAAAUUAUUGUAGGUUAUUUAUA